AUGAUAAUAAACAAAGAAGAAAGAGAGUGGAACCACCAGGAUCAGAUAUUACAGAAUGAUGAUGUGAGAAUAGGCUUAUAUUACCAACCAAAGGUGACAGUAACAAGCAAAGGGAUCGAUAUUGAAUUGGUGAAGAUAUUAACCAUCUUUACGAGCAUUGACUUGUCAAAUAACAGAUUCGAAGGAAGGAUACCAGAAAUCAUUGGAAGUCUGACCGCACUUUGCAUUCUAAAUUUCUCGGACGAUGCUUUCACCGGAAAAAUUCCAUCGACUUUUGGGAAUCUCACAUAUCUGGAGUCAUUGGACCUCUCGCGGAACAACCUGACAGGAAAGAUCCCUUUCCAGUUAGCAGGUUUGUCAUCCCUUUCGGUUUUGAACGUCUCCUUCAACAAACUGGUGGGAGAAAUUCCAUCAGGAGGUCAGUUUCAAACUUUCGACUCCAGUUACUUCCAAGGAAACGUCGGAUUAUGUGGUUUUCCCCUGUCCAAAGGCUGUAAUACAACUGUCGAAUCACCACCAAAUGGGUCGAAGUCUAAGGAUGGGAAUGCAUCUGAGGAUGAAUUUGAUUGGAUUCCUAAAAUGCUAUGCAUCAGCCGAAAACUUAAAUUUUCGCUGAUGGCGAGAAAAUAUCUGCACCCAAUUGCUCCACUGUAUCAUUCCACAAUGAAAUAG